GCAUUAUAAUACAGUCAUGCUGUUUUCAUUUUCAUUUUAGUAGAUCUAUGUUUAAAUUUAUUCAGUCUAAAAACUGUAAACAUGGCGGCUUCUUUAACCGGUGCAGUGCUUAUUCUCAGUAUUAUGCUCCAGUUAUCUGCUGCUCAGCAAAGGGUGGACAGGACUCUGCAAAAUGGAGCAUCUGGCUCAGAUGUUGUUAGAGCUGUGACAAAUAAAGUUCAAGCUGUGUUUGGUGAUGACCAACAGUUUCUGAGGCGAAUCGCUUUUGUUGAAUCCAAGGAUGGCACUGAUUCAAGCACGUAUCGCUCGGGUUACAAUGGAGGAAUAUGGCAAGUGGACGAUAUUGCAUUUCGGGCAACUCAAGACACCUCAAGUCACCCUAGACUUAUUCUGCAACAUGAAAAAAUAAAAGCUGAAUUUGAAAUAGACUGGCAGAGUGUGCAGUGGAGUGAUUUGAGAGCCCCCCUUUACUCUGGAUUAGCAGCCAGACUAUUUUUACUGACUAUUCCCGAAGCUAUUCCAUGUAAUGUAGCAGAACAGGCAGCAUACUGGAAGAAGUAUUACAACACUGCAAGUGGAGCAGGGACCAAACAAAAGUUUAUUGAUGAUAUCAAUUCCCUGACUACGAGUAGUGACGAAGUUUGUCAAGUGAAUAGUGACAUCAUUUUUGUCCUGGACGAAUCUGGAAGUAUUGGUGACCUGAACUUUGAAUUGGUGAAGGGAUAUGUUCUCCAAUACUUGAGCAGCUUGAAGAUUGGCCCCAAUGAGAACCAAGUUGGUGUGAUAACAUUCUCUGACAAUGCAAUGCUUCGUUUUAAAUUGAAUGCCAACGGAAACACGUUAUCCCUUCAACGAGCUAUUCAAGGCCUUAGAUACAGAGGUGGAAGUACUAAUAUACCAGCUGCACUAUGUGCACUCUCACAAGCAUUUUUGUCAAAUUCAAGUGGGGCUCGUAGUGACAACACAAUAUUUCGAGUGGCAAUACUAAUGACUGAUGGGAAAUCAAGCACAAAUAAUAGUCCUAAUCCGUGUGGUUUUACUAGUGUUGCAGAUGCUGCUGCUGCUAUACAUGGUUCUGCCUCACCUAUCACUACUUUUGCAUUUGGAGUCGGGUCAUCUUUUAGUUAUAAUGAUCUUCAAGUUAUUGCCAGUGGUGAUCAGUACAUUGGUAUUGCUAGCUCAUUCACUGGUGGUCAGUUGUCAUGUGUACAGACCAACCAAGAAGAUAGAAUUUGCAAUAAAAUAUCGAGAAAAGUGACAGCAAAUGCUGUUAAUAGUGGAACUCUUGACCAAGGAGGGCAGGCACGCUGGGAGUACCCUGUUCCUCAAUCUGGCUUAGAUUUUAAAAUUGAUGUUACUCUAGGAAGAGUCGUAUUUUAUGCUUCUUCAGACACAACUGCACCAAAUGAAGCCAUUUAUCAGUGGAAAAUAGAGGUAUCAUUCGGCUCUAGGACGAUAAACAUUUUACCGGUGCUUCAAAGUGAUGGUGUCACACGAUCAAGCACGGCCAAUCAGACCAUAAUUCCAAUUUAUACAGCAAUUGUAGGUCUGGAAGCAAAAAAUGUAUUCUCUAUAUCCAACGGUGGUGAUCUUCAAGAAGAGAAUGUGGCAGUUAAAAUAGCAGUACCUGCAACUGUUGGCAUUGUCUUGAUACUCGUUGUCGCCGGGAUAUCAAUCGGUCUAUACUCUCACUAUAGGCGCAAGCCAGUUUUUGUGUAGUAUAAUUAUAGGUCUACACAGAAUUAUAGUUACUUGUAAAAACUCUUAGAAAGUUAUAGUGACACACAUAAUUAUAACUUGAUCUAACUAUAGAAGUUUAAUAGCCUCGUAUGUGAUGUCUACAUUGCUUUUAGUGAAUAAAUUUUGUGCUGCUAAAAGUGUCAAUGCUAUAAUUUUAGAGCCAAACAAUUAAUUUUUGCUGUUUGUUG